AUGGCGCCAAUCCAUGUGUCCAACUUUGCCGACAAGCAGCUUCAGCUACUGGCCGCAGAACUCAAUGCCGAACUGGAAGAAACCGCCCUGCUUACUGCCACCCAUGCUCCGUCCACUCUCGCCCGCGCUGGUCUAGCCGUACUGAAUCUUUCCGUCAGCGCCCAACGCACUGGUCUGGGCGGUAAGUCUCUGGUCGAGCUUUCACUGGAUCCUGCGAUCGCUGGCGCCGACACCGAACUGCCUGAGCAUGGACUGCGCGUCGGUGAUAUCGUUGGCGUCUCUGAGCAACCCAAGGGUGCAGAGAAGAAGAAAGAGCGUCAGGAUAUGGAGCAGAAACGAAUACAGGGCGUCGUUGUCAAGGUGCUAAGAGAAAUCAUCGUUGUCGCUCUGGACAAGGACGAGGUUGAUAUACCUGGCGGGAAACUGUGGCUUGUUAAGCUCGCAAACGAUGUCACAUACAAGAGGAUGAACCAGACUAUGAACAAGUUGUUGAAAAUGCCAGAGAGCGAGCACUCCACACUUAUGCGUGUCCUAUUCGGCCAGUCCUCGACAGUCUCUGUCCAGCCCAGAGAUAUGGCAACAGACCUGGAAUGGAUGGACCCUUCUCUGAACGACUCGCAGAAAGAGGCCAUCAAGUUUGCCCUUGCCUCUUCCGAAGUUGCCUUGAUUCACGGCCCUCCAGGAACAGGAAAGACGCAUACACUGAUUGAGUUGAUUCGCCAAUGUCUCAAGCAAAAUCUCCGACUCUUGGUCUGUGGACCGAGCAACAUUUCAGUCGACAAUAUUGUCGAGAGACUGGCACCACACAAAGUGCCCAUGGUCAGACUCGGUCAUCCAGCUCGUCUACUGCCAGGAGUGCUCAAUCACAGUCUCGAUAUCUUGACACGUACGAGCGACGCCGCCGCCUUGGUCAAGGAUAUUCGCACCGAGAUGGACGACAAACAAGCGAGUAUACGCAAGACGAGAAAUGGCAGAGAACGAAAGGCAAUCUACGGCGAGAUCAAGGAGCUUCGCAAAGAAUACCGCCAGCGUGAGGCCAAAUGUGUCGACAGUCUUGUCCGAGAGAGCAAAGUUGUCCUUGCCACUCUGCACGGAGCAGGUGGGUUUCAUCUGAAGAACCAACACUUCGACAUUGUCGUCGUUGACGAAGCCAGUCAGGCUUUGGAAGCGCAAUGCUGGGUACCUCUUCUGACGAGUGGUGCCAGCAAGUUGAUUUUGGCUGGAGAUCACCUGCAACUACCGCCCACCAUCAAGAGCCUGAACUCAAAGUCGACCAAGACCAAGCCCAUGACGACUCAAGAUGAUUUUAAACUGGAGACGACACUUUUCGAUCGCACGCUUGAGCUUUACGGGGACGACAUCAAGCGCAUGCUGACCAUACAGUACCGUAUGCAUGAGAAAAUUAACGCCUUCCCUUCAGCGGCGCUGUACGAGUCGAAGCUCAUGGCGGCGGAAAGUGUCAAGGCGAGACUGUUGAAAGACCUGCCUUACGACGUCGAGGAGACGGAAGACACUAACGAGCCUGUGGUUUUCUGGGAUACACAAGGUGGCGAGUUUUAUGAGAAGACUGACGACGAUGAUGCACCAAAGUCAAAGAGCAGUCUCCUUGGUGAAAGCAAGAGCAACGAACUCGAAGCGGCAAUCGUAAAGAAGCAUGUUCAGAGCUUGGUCGAUGCUGGCGUGAAGCCCGAAGACAUUGCUGUUGUGACACCUUACAAUGGUCAGCUUUCCGUUCUUUCAAAACUACUCAAGGAGAGAUUCGUCGGGAUUGAACUUGGAAGCAUUGAUGGUUUCCAAGGCAGAGAGAAGGAGGCUGUUGUGGUCAGCCUGGUGCGCAGCAACGCGGAGCACGAGGUGGGCUUCCUUGCCGAGAAGCGAAGACUCAAUGUCGCCAUGACUCGACCCAAGAGACACCUCUGUAUUGUCGGCGAUUCCGAGACGGUCGGUCGUGGCAGCAAAUUUCUCAAGAGCUGGAUGGAGUUCCUGGAGGAGAAUGCAGACCUUCGUUAUCCGGAUUUGGACGAUGUGCUGCGCGAGGAGUAA